AUGCUUCCUGGUCGUCUUUGCGAAGGAGCGACGAUAAAGAGAAACGACAUCACCGGGGAGAUCUUUGUGGCCCGGGUGAUCCACGGCGGGCUGGCUGAUCGAAGCGGUCUGCUCCAUGCAGGAGACAGGAUCAUAGAGGUGAACGGGUUUCCUGUGGAAGGGAUGGAGCCGGAACAAGUCAUCCAAGUUGUGCAAGCCCGGUCUCAUGGCACCAUCAUGUUUAAGGUAGUUCCUAUCACAGAGAGACCAGUCCACAACCAGACGAUGCUGUAUGUGCGGGCCAUGGCCGACUACAGCCCCCAGCAGGACCCCACCAUCCCCUGCGCCGACGCCGGUAUGAGCUUCAGGAAGGGCGACGUGCUGGAGAUCGUGGACCAGACCGACGCCCUCUGGUGGCAGGCCAAGAAACUGCCCAGCAGCACGGCGUGUGCCGGCCUCAUCCCGUCCACCAACCUGCUCAAACGGAAGCAGAGAGAGUUCUGGUGGUCCCAGCCUUACCAGCCCCACGCCUGCGCACAGACCCUGAGCACUGUGGAUGAAGACGAGGAUGACUUCAGCAGCAACAUUGAAGGAGUGUAUUUGGCGGGUUUCCGGCGCAGCAUGCGUCUGUGCCGGCGGCGCGCUCACAGCACCGCGCAGCCGUCCUGCCACACCCGCUGCCCCUCCAGCUGCUCCAGCACCCUCAACAACCCCUACGAGGAGGUGGUGCGCUACCAGCGCCACCCGGAGGACACGCACCGCCUCAUCGCCCUCCUAGGUCCGUCUGGCGUGGGCGUCAAUGAACUUCGGAGGCGUUUGAUUGAGAUGAACUCCAACCUCUUCCAGGGAGCUGUACCUCACACCACGAGAUCACCCAGAGGAUACGAGGAGUCGGGCAGGGAAUAUCACUUCACCAGUCGAGAGAUCUUUGACAACAUGGUCUACAACAACAGGUUUUUGGAGUACGGGGAAUACAAAGGCAACAUGUACGGCACUAGCAUCGACUCUGUGCGGGCGGUUUUGAACGGCGGAAAUAUGUGCGUCAUCGACAUAGAGCCAAAUGCCAUUCAAGCAGUGAGGACCCACGAACUGAGAGCCUACAUCAUCUACGUGAAGCCCCCACCCCUGGAACGCCUCAGGCAGACCCGUCAGGAGUCAUACAUCACCACCAAUUACUACGUCAACCGACCAUUCAAAGAUGAAGACUUCCAGGAGAUGGAGGAAGCAGCCCGUAAGAUCGAGUCCCAGUACGGGCAGCUGUUUGAUCAUGUGAUCAUCAACGAUGAGCUGCAGGACUCCUGCGUGGAGCUGCUGACGGCAGUGAGGAAGGCCCAGGACGAGCCUCAGUGGAUAAAUGGUUACCUCUACUCAUUUUUUACAGAAAGUGUCGCUGGAAUCGUAGCUAAUGUUGUCGCGUUAGCUAAAAUUCAAGAGAAUGGACGCAGACGGUUCAAAGAAAAUGAGGGCCAGGGCUCUGCCGCCUCUCCCACAGGAGAAGUUCCAGCAGCCAAACGCAAGAAGAAGAGGCUGAGGAAGGAGGCGAGCGGCGUGGACGACACGGAUGACCAGGAGCUGGAGAUGGGGGGCUUUGGCAGCCGGCGGGGGUCUGAGGUGGGGGAUCAGCUGACCAUGGAGACCGCCGCCGACGUGGCGCCGCAGAGGAGGAGGAAGAAGAAGAAAAGCGCCACCAUAGACCUGGAAGACGACCAAGCCGACCUGGUGAACGGAGACACGGCAGAUCAGGCCACCGACGGAGAAGAGGUGGUCCGAAAACCCCGCAAGAAGAAAAAGUCAAAAGUGGCCGAAUCGCAGCUUCCUGAUGAGCUGGACGUAGAAGACGAUGACAUCAUCACCGACGCCUCGUCCCCGAUCCCCCAGCAUUCCCUGUUCUCGGCGCCUCAGGGCCAGAGCCACCCGGUGGGGAAGGUUUUCGUGGAGAGGAACAAGCGAUUCCAGGCCGCCGAGCGCUCCGAUUGGAGGACGGGCGGCGAGCAGCCGGACAACAUGGCGGCCGACUACCAGCACCUGCAGCAGCUGUGGACCACCAGGGACGUGUCCCUGCGGGUGCACCAGUGGUUCAGGGUUUUGGGCCUGUACUGCCACGGCUUCCUGGCGGGCUACGCGGUGUGGAACGUGGUGGUGGUGUACGUGCUGGCCGGCCAGCACCUGACCGCUCUGUCCAACCUGCUGCAGCAGUACCACAGCCUGGCCUACCCCUCCCAGGCCCUGCUCUACAUGCUGCUGGCCCUCAGCACCGUGGCCGCCUUCGACAGGGUGAACAUGGCCAAAGGUUCCGUGUCUCUAAGGGAGUUUAUCACACUGGAUCCAGUGGCUCUUUCCUCAUUUCUCUACUUCUCGGCGUUGGUCCUCUCCCUGAGCCAGCAGAUGACCAGCGACCGCAUCAACCUCUACGCAGCCUUCAACGAAACGCUGUGCCUCAUGAAUUUCUGCCGUAGGCCUCCAGGAUCUGAGCAACAAAUCCUCCACCCGUGGGUGACCAUCAACCUGGUGGUGGCUCUUCUGGUCGGCCUGGCCUGGGUUUGUAUUGCCACCAGACCUGAGACAGACUACACUGAGAGUUAUCUGAUGGCCAUGGAGAUUGAACCUCCAAAGCCGGACGACAAAUCAGAAAUGACAGCCUGAAUGAAAUGACCAAAUAACUGUACAGAAACUUUGUCGUUGUCUCUGAAUGUGUCACAUAUUUGUUUGUUUUUUGUUACAUUUCAAAUAAAUGUGUUUAACGAAUCAA